AUGACUAUAAUAGUGAGGUAUUUGACGUUAUCAUAUAAUUUUGUUACUGUUGAGGAGUCCUUUUUAGGUUUUCUGAAUGUUGAUGAUACCUCUGGAAAAGGACUAUUUGAUAUUACACUUGAGGAGUUAAAGUCUCUUGGUCUUGAAAUUGAUGAUAUGCGUGGUCAAGGCUAUGAUAAUGGAGCAAACAUGAAAGGAAAACACCAAGGGGUGCAAAAGAGAUUUUUAGAUAUAAAUCCUAGAGCAUUUUACACUCCUUGUGGUUGCCAUUCUCUUAAUCUAACAUUAUGUGAUAUGGCUAACAAGUGUGUUAAAGGAAAGAACUUUUUUGGAUUCAUCCAACGCAUUUAUACUAUCUUUGCAAAUUCUACUAAGAGGUGGGAAAUUUUGAAAGAUAAUGUUAAAGCUUGGAGUCUUAAAUCAUUGUGUCAAACUCGUUGGGAAAGUCGGGUUGAGAGUGUAAAGGCUAUUAAACUUCAACUUGUGGAUGUACGGGAAGCUUUACUUCAAGUUGGAGAAAAAGAUAAUGAUGUUGCAAUUGCAAGUGAAGCAACUUCACUAGCAGAAAAAGAACUUGGUGACUUUGAAUUUUUGGUAUCAACUGUUAUUUGGUAUGAAGUACUAAACCAUGUGAAUAUUUUGAGUAAGAAGUUACAAUCAAAGGAUAUGCAUCUUGAUAAAGCUAUUACAGAAAUUAAAAAAAAAUUGAUUGGGUACUUCAAGAAUUAUAGAGAAACUGGUUUUUCAAAAGCGAUUGUUGAAGCUAAGGAGAUUGCUAUUGAAAUGGGUAUUGAUCCAAUAUUUCCACAAAACCGUUUGAUUGAAAGGAAAAGAAGAUUUGAACAAUUCAAAGAGUAUGACAGAGUAUUUGGUUUUUUAUUUCCACAUAAUUUGAGGGGAAUUGAAGAUAAAGAUCUUAAGUCGUAUUGUCAUCGUCUUGAAAAAGCACUCAAGUUUGAAGAAAGAUCGGAUAUUGAUGUCGAUGAACUUUAUACGGAGUUGAAAUUAUUUGAGACAUUGGAAACCAAUGAGUUUAGCAACCCUAUAGAUGUUUUGAAGUUUUUGAAAGAACUUGAUUAUUUCCCAAAUGCAAGCAUUGCAUAUAGAAUAUCGUUAACUAUUCCAGUAACAGUUGCAUCUGCAGAAAGGAGUUUUUCAAAAUUGAAGUUUGUGAAAUCUUACUUACUGUUAGGUGCAUUUCAUGGACUUUUGGAGGAAGGAUAUUGUUGGAGGAGGUAA